UCUCUCUCUGUCUCUCCCUCUCUCUGUCUCUGUCCCUCUGUGUCUUUGUCUCUCUCUCUUUCUCUCUCAACCUCUGUUCACAUUUUGUGUUAUUGCUCUCCUCCAGGUUGAAGUAAGAAGAUGCAGGCUCUACAAGUGCUCUCACUGACUCUGCUGUCCGUCCUGGCAGCCAGCGCUCAGACCUUUGUUUCUGGAAAAUGCCCCAACCCUCCCGUCCAGGCCAACUUCGAUACAGCCAGGUACCUGGGCAGGUGGUAUGAGAUUCAGAAACUGCCUGCCGUCUUCCAGAAGGGGGAGUGCAGCCAGGCUACCUACAGCCUGCAGAGCCCUGGAGUGGUUGCUGUUCUGAACGAGGAGCUGCUCGAUGAUGGAACCAUCAACGCCAUCUCUGGCACUGCCAUGGCCAUGGACCCUGCAGAGCCUGCAAAGCUAGGAGUCAGCUUCUUUGAGGGCUCCCCUCCUUCUCCUUACUGGGUGCUGUCCACCGACUACGACAGCUACACCCUGGUCUACGCCUGCACUGACUUCCUGGGCCUGCUGCACGUGGACUUUGCCUGGAUCAUGAGCAGAGAGAGGACCCUCUCCGCCGACACCGUGGAGGAGCUGCGCAGCAUCCUGAGGUCUCACGGCAUCCCUGCUGACAAGCUCCAGGUCACCGACCAGAGCAUCUGCAGCAGCAUGCCUCAGUGACAGAGAGACUCCUGAGUGAGGGAGAGGAGUUGGAAUACUUGUAAUGAUUUUCCUGUCCUUUGAUUCAAUGAACCUCCUUUAUUAAAUGUCUUAAUAAUAA